AUCUUUAUGAACUCAUUACUAGAAGCUGCCAAAAAGAAGUCUGUUCAGAUUCUUCCGGAACAAACGCGAUACAAUCUAUUGCGAUUUGUGUUCGACCUUCCUCUACCGCUAUAUAGAUCGUUUAUCGAAUUUAUGACGGUACCAGCGGCUUCGCAUAGACCAUGGAUCAAAAGUGUGAAAGGUGAUGGGUGGCAAGGAAGCUGGUAUGGAGAGGAUGCUGCCAACGUAGAGGAUGUCGACAAGUGGACUUGUGAAGCCAAAGACCAAGACCUGAUUUUGGUUUGGAUACACGGGGGUGGCUUCUGCGUUGGAAGCGAUAUUAUGUACUCUGCAUUCUACAUCAAAAUACUGGAAAAUCUGAAGACAGUUCAUUCAGUCAAUGCAAGGAUACUGUCGGUCAAAUAUGUUCGCACACCAGAAGCCAUAUACCCUAAACAACGCGAUGAAUGCAUGAGCUGUUACAACUAUUUGAUAAACGACCUAGGAAUCGAUCCCAAAAAGGCCAUCAUUGGGGGCGAUUCAGCGGGUGGGAAUUUGACAGCGGUCAUUUUACAGCAUCUUAAACCAGAGAAUUUUCCAGCGGGAGCGAUUUUGGUAUCCCCUUGGGUAAACUUGGAAACAACUUCUCCAACCUAUACAUCCAAUCGAUCUGUAGAUUGCGUUGGUAUCAAAAGUCUUAAUAACGCCAUCAGCCGCUACGUACCAGAGGAUAUGGCUAUAAAUGAUCCAGAGCUAUCACCUAUGUAUGCCGAAACAUUCAAGGGUCAUCCCCCCCUGCUUGUAACCUAUGGAGGACUGGAAGUUUUCAAACAUGAUAUUCAGACAUUCAUUCGUCGGAAUCGAGAGGAUGAGGUGGAUGUCGAAGAACUGACCAGGAGUAUGCCACAUAUAUGGAUCAUGCAACCAGAAAUUCCAUGCAAUGACGCUGUAUGGGAAGAAGACGUAUCAAAGUUAACGGAUUGGUGCGCUUCUAAGAUAAAACUUUAAUUAUCAGAUGGACAGUGAGCAAACUAUGGCAUUUUUAUGAUCUAAAUACUUGGUAUUUCAACAACAGCAUUACCUUUAUGCACGAGAGUACAUGUGCAACUAAUUUUCUACAACUGCAACCAAGUCCAUCAGUUUUCAAUAAAUUAAAACCAAGCAAUUGUGCUGCCU